CCUGGGGUAUAGUGUAUUUAGUGGGAGCGUAAAGGAUCAAAACGAUUCGUUUUGUCCAAUCCUUUUCUUCGUUCUCUCUUUUCGUUUCUGCUUCUCCGUUCUGUGCCUCCCUCUCCAAUUAAUUAUUUUUUUAAAUUUAUUAGUUUAUUUAUUUACUGAAGAGCCAAAAAGAGAGAGAGAGGGCACAGAGCACCGAGCAGCCUCCACGAAUCUAAAAUCGCAUUACGGCGCGUGAUUCGCACUCGAUGCUUUGAAGCCAUUCUCCUAAACCCGCAAUUUCCAACUUCCACAGGCCACCAUUACUCUCUUUCUCUCUGUGUAUUGAAUUUCAAUCCACAAGAACGAGGAAUGUGUGAUGCGUUCUAUGGUGGGUCAGAGGUCUAGAGGAGAGUUUUGUAGCCGUGGAGGCUGCUUCUGUGGUUGAAUCUGUUACUCAUUCAUGAGGCUCUAUCUGUGCUUCACAGGAAUAUGGCUUUGCAGAAGUAUGUUCCUCCUGGUAAUGCACCUUCUGUGAAUUUGAAACGUUUAACUAUUUCCAAGAAGGUGCCUGAAAAAGCUCAGCUUAAGAUGGCAAAUCAGAAUCGCGACAUGGAUGUGGAUGUUGACCUUAGAGAAGUUUAUUUUCUCAUGAUGCACUUCCUUUCUGCUGGGCCGUGCCAUAAAACUUAUAUGCAGUUCAGGAAUGAACUUCUUGAACAUCAACUCUUACCUAGAAGGUAUCAUGCUUGGUAUUCAAGGAGUGGGGCACCUAGAGGUGAUGAAGAUGAUGAUGGUCUAUCAUUCUCUUUAACUUACGAUAAGUUGUUGGAGAGGUAUCCUCACAUUGAAAAGGAUCACUUAGUCAAGCUUUUGAAGCAAUUGUUAUUAAAUACAGCCUCCCCAUCUCUUCGCAUUAGUAGUGGAAAUGCUCCAAAUGCAGCUGAUGUUCCUACUCUUUUGGGGAAGGGUUCAUUUUCACUUCUGAGCUAUGACAAUGAUAAAAUAAAUGAAGUCAAGCGGCCACCUCCUCACAUGCGCUGGCCUCAUAUGAAAGCCAAUCAGGUUCAUGGGCUUAAUUUGAGGGAAAUUGGGGGUGGUUUUCCCAGACACCAUCGUGCGCCAUCUAUACGUGCUGCUUGCUAUGCAAUUGCAAAGCCUUCUACCAUGGUACAGAAAAUGCAAAAUAUCAAGAGGAUAAGAGGACACCGUAAUGCUGUCUAUUGUGCUAUAUUAGAUCGGUCAGGGAGAUAUGUCAUCACGGGCUCAGAUGAUCGACUGGUAAAAAUUUGGUCAAUGGAAACUGCCUAUUGUUUGGCCAGUUGCCGUGGACAUGAGGGUGAUAUCACUGACCUGGCUGUGAGUUCAAACAAUGCUUUAGUUGCAUCAUCAUCGAAUGACUGUAUCAUUCGAGUUUGGCGCUUGCCAGAUGGCUUACCAAUAUCAGUUUUGCGGGGACAUACUGGAGCUGUUACUGCAAUAGCAUUUAGUCCAAGAACUGUGUACCAUCUUUUAUCUUCCUCUGAUGAUGGAACUUGUAGGAUAUGGGAUGCAAGGUACACUCAGUCAAGUCCAAGAAUAUAUGUUCCGAGGCCUUCUGAUUCUGUAAUUGGGAGGAAUGGUGUUUCAUCUUCUAGUACUUUGCCACAUAGCCAUCAGAUCUUUUGCUGCGCCUUUAAUGCUAAUGGGACUGUCUUUGUCACUGGUAGCUCUGAUAAUCUUGCUAGGGUCUGGAAUGCUUGUAAACCAAGUGUGGAUGAUACUGAACAGCCAAAUCACGAGAUAGAUAUGUUAUCCGGGCAUGAAAAUGAUGUAAACUAUGUGCAAUUUAGUGGAUGUGCAGUAGCAUCUCGGUUUUCCACAUCAGAAACUUGGAAAGAGGAAAAUCUUCCCAAAUUUAAGAAUUCAUGGUUGAAUCAUGACAAUAUUGUUACCUGCUCUCGUGAUGGGAGUGCUAUUAUAUGGAUUCCCAAAUCACGCAGGUCACAUGGGAAAAGUGGUCGCUGGACUCGGGCAUAUCAUCUGAGAGUUCCACCUCCACCUAUGCCUCCUCAACCUCAGAGAGGUGGUCCUCGUCAGAGAACUCUACCCACUCCACGUGGUGUAAAUAUGAUUGUUUGGAGCCUAGAUAACCGCUUUGUCCUUGCAGCUAUUAUGGAUUGCAGAAUAUGUGUUUGGAAUGCUUCUGAUGGCAGCUUAGUACACUCGUUGACUGGCCAUACUGAUUCUACAUAUGUUCUGGAUGUUCACCCAUUUAAUCCUCGGAUAGCUAUGAGUGCUGGAUAUGAUGGAAGAACUAUUGUGUGGGAUAUAUGGGAAGGCAUGCCUAUCCGGAUAUACGAGAUGUCACAUUUUAAGUUGGUGGAUGGGAAGUUUUCUCCGGAUGGGACAUCUAUAAUACUUUCAGAUGAUGUUGGUCAACUAUAUAUAUUAAGUACAGGUCAAGGUGAGUCCCAGAAAGAUGCAAAAUAUGAUCAGUUCUUUCUUGGUGAUUAUCGUCCUCUCAUUCAAGACACCCAUGGUAAUGUACUUGACCAGGAAACUCAGAUUGUACCCUAUCGACGAAAUCUGCAAGAUUUGCUUUGUGAUUCAGCAAUGAUUCCUUAUCCAGAACCUUAUCAGAGUGAAUUUCAGCAAAGACGAUUAGGAGCUUUAGGCCUUGAGUGGCGGCCAUCAUCGCUAAGGCUUGCUGUUGGUCCUGACUUCAGUUUGGACCCAGAUUAUCAUAUGCUUCCAUUGGCAGACUUGGAUCUGCUUGCAGAACCCCUUCCGGAGUUUAUAGAUGCUAUGGAUUGGGCUCCAGAAAUUGAAGUGUUUAGUGAUGAUGCAGAUUCAGAAUAUGAUGUCACUGAAGAUUUCUCUUCUCGAGGCGAGCAAGAAUGUUCAAGCUCCAAUGGCUCUGGCGAUACAGGGUGCAGCACGGACAACAGUGAAGGGGAGGAUGCUCAUAUGGACUGUAUCCGUAGAUCAAAAAGAAAAAGACAGAAGACUGAAAUUGAGAUUAUGACUUCUUCUGGGAGACGUGUGAAAAGGAGGAACUUGGAUGAGGUUGAUGGCAAUAAUUUAACUGGUAGCCGAAGCAGAAAGGGAAAAAGUGGCCAAAAAGCAUCAAGGAAAACUUCUAAAUCCAAAUCUUCCAGACCUCAAAGAGCUGCUGCACGCAAUGCUCUACACUUAUUUUCUAAAAUUACUGGUACCCCAACAGAUGGAGAAGAUGAUAGUUUGGUUGGUGAUUUUUCAGAUAGUGAAUCAACAUUGCAAGAUUCUAACAUGGACACCGAUGAAUCUGAUAGAGCUGCACAGAAUGAUCAACUGAAAUCUUCAAAAGGAAAAGAAGUAUCAACAUAUGAAUCGGAGGACAUGAAAUCUCAUGGGUUAACGGAGACUGAUGCAGUUGCAGGGAACAGAAGGAGAUUGGUUCUCAAGUUUCCAAUUCGUGAUACAUCGAAACAUACUCAUGGAUUUGACAACCAAGCUGAGUUGGUUGGGUCGUCAUCAAAAUCUGCACAGGAAGCUCAUAAUUUUAAUAAGAAUAGUUGUAUGGAUGAAGGUUAUUCUGGCAGUGGAAGUUACCAUACAAUUGAAGGAUCACAUCGGUUGAAUAUUGAAGUAGACCGUGUAGACUUGCUGGAGAAAAUUAGAUGGGGAGUGGUUAGGCCUCGUUCUUCCAAACCUCUGAGAGUGGGAGAAGCUGCAGUAUCAAAUGCAAAUCCUGACUCUCUGAAGUUUAGUAAUCAUCUCAUUGAAACAGAAAAAGAGGAGAAGGAAUUUAGUCCAUUGACCCCUCCUUCAGAAACCAAAAAUGAUGAAAAUAUGGUAGACAGUCUAGCAGAUAUCAAUGACAAUGGUGAUUGUACUACUCAUCCUUUUAACCCUUUUGAGAAUGGUGAGAAUGAGGAAGAGCUCACAACUACCAGAGAUCACAGGAAUAAAGAGGAAUCACUAGUGUCAGCCCUGAUUCCUGAUAAUACAGGUACUGCAUUUGUUAGCAAUAGUGGUGCUGAGCAACUGCCUGAACCAAAUAGCAGUUUCCCUUCCGUCUUAACAAAGUUAAGAUCAAAAAGAGGUUCAAGAGAUCCUGAAUGUUCAUCCAAGCAUGGUACAAAAUCUCCAGUGCUAAAGAAUAGUGCAUGUAGCAAUCAUGCCAGCAAUGAACAGUGUAUGAUUGUUACUGAGAAUGAUGACAACAGCAAGGUAGUAAUACCCAAUCGGGGAGAAAAUGGAUCACAAGAAAUAGAUGCUCAAGGUACACAACAUUGUACUUCAAAUGGUCCACUAGAGCCACAUCCCAGAAGAGAUAAAAUGUUCAAAGCCGUUUACAAAAGAUCAAGAUCAAAUAGGGCAUCUAAUAAUUCAGCUAAUGGUGGUGCUUUAGGAGAAUCCACUUCUAAUGGAAGCAAUAGUAAUUUCAAGACAUCAGUGGGUUUCAGUAAUGGCACAAAUAAGGAUGUUCGUGACAAUGGAUCAAUAGAGAUGGAGCCAAUCACAUCUGACCCAAAUGACAAGGGGAAUCAUCUCAAAGUGGAAAAUGGGCAUGAAGAUGGUGUUGGUAGAAGUCAACAUAACAUGCAGACCAAUGGAGUAAAGUUUACAGAAGAAGAAAGAGGUUCUAGUUCAAAAUCGACCGUUGGUAUAAGGUCCACCAGGAGCCGGAGAUCUAAUUACAAUAUUCCUGAAACUCAUGAAACUAGUCCUGUAAAUAGAAAGAAAUCACUACAAUCCGCUAAUAAAGGAUCGUGGUUGCUGUUAUCAACUCAGGAAGAAGGUUGUAGAUUUAUUCCACAACAGGGAGAUGAAGUCGUAUAUUUGAGGCAGGGGCACCAGGAAUACAUAGCUAAUUAUAGUCGCAAAAAGGAAGCAGGGCCUUGGAUGUCGAUUAAGGAAAACAUAAGAGCUGUAGAAUAUUGUAUAGUUCAAAGCCUUGACUAUGCUCAUGAUUCGGGUUCUGGUGAUGGAUGCUGCAAAAUGAUCCUUCAGUUUGUUGAUCCUGAUUCUAGUGUUUUCGGCAAAUCUUUUAAAUUGAAUUUACCAGAUGUGACUGGCUUCCCAGAUUUUCUGGUUGAAAGAACCAGGUUUGAUGCUGCUAUGCAAAGAAAUUGGACGCGCAGGGAUAAAUGCAGGGUUUGGUGGAAAGAUGACAGCGAGUCCGAUGGAAGUUGGUGGGAAGGUCGAAUUAUGUGUGAAAAAGCCAAAUCUUCUGAAUUUCCAGACAGUCCAUGGGAGAGAUAUACUAUUCGGUACAAGAAUGAUCUUACAGAAACACAUUUACACAGUCCUUGGGAGCUUUUUGAUGCUGAUACUCAAUGGGAACAGCCUCAUAUUGAUGAUGAAGUAAGAAACAAGCUGCUAACUGCACUCACCAAAUUACAGGAGUCGGGAAAUAAAGUUCAGGAUCGUUAUGGAGUUCAUGAGUUGCAGAAAAUUUCAUCCAAGUUAAAAUUUUUGAACAGAUUCCCUGUUCCACUCUCUCUUGAUUUGAUAGAGUCAAGGUUAGAGAACAAUUAUUACCGAAGAUUGGAGGCAUUGAAACAUGAUGUGACAAUUCUGCUUUCGAAUGCCGCUGCAUAUUUUGAAAAAGAUGCGGGGAUGUCAACAAAAAUCAAACGCCUUUCAGAAUGGUUCACGAAAACAUUUUUAUCUUUAUAGCUCUUAGCUUCUUUCUAGGCACAUAGCGAAUUUUAAGGCCAAAGGGGCCUUAACUAUUUAAUUUUUUAGGCUAAAUUUUUUGUAGAUAUUUUUCCCCCGUUUGUUCUCCAUUUGGAUUAGUUUCUUUAUUGUUUAAUGAACUUGCUGCUGAGUUUAGUGAUAGGAAAGAAUAUCGGGAUAUAGUAGCAUUUUGCUGUGGAAAAUUUCUGCAGCUACAUUCAACAUUGUAUAGAGAUACUCAUUUGAUAGCAAAUGCAAAGUUCACAUUCAGAUUUUAA